GCCAAGACGUUCCAGUUCCAGCCCAAGCUUGCCAUUGAGGUGGGUGGUACAGCACUGCAAUGCCCACUCUCCUUAUCUGUCUGUUUACACGCGUGGGAUAGCGUGGUCGUGCUACCUUAGAAGAAAGUUGUUGAGUUGGACCCUGAAUUUCCAAUUUCACCAUCUCUCUUCUCCUACAUACACCUUCUUUUCCAAUUCUUUGUUUGCUGUGUGGAAAAGCUGGGCUUGUAUCUCUUGGGAACUUUCACGAAUAUCUUUCCUCCUCCCACGAGUUCCGAAGCUGUACAACGAGCACAUAUCUCGGUCAUGGCCGCCUCCGCAGUAACGACGGCCACGACGGACUCGUCGGCCAAGCAAAGGAAACAACAGAAUGGAAAGCUAGACACCACCUCCUCCUCCGCCAGUGCCGGCGCUGCGGACCAGAAUGAUGCCCUCGAGAAGGACUUCUUCUGGACUUACACCGAGGAGCCGCACCGGACACGUCGUAUGGCCAUUAUCAAGGCGCAUCCAGAGGUCACCAAGCUCUGCGGUCCCGAACCGCUAACGAAAUGGGUCGUCCUGGGCGUCGUCUCGCUCCAAUUCCUCCUCGCCCACCUCCUGCGCGACACCUCCUUCUUCUCGUGGAAGUUCUGGCUCACAGCCUACGUCUUCGGCGCCACCUGCAACCAGAACCUCUUCCUGGCCAUCCACGAGAUCUCCCACAACCUGGCCUUCCGCUCGCCUACCGCCAACAGGCUGUUCGCCAUUGUCGCCAACUUGCCUAUUGCCGUUCCGUAUAGUGCUUCUUUCCGGCCCUACCACCUAACCCACCACAAAUCCCUCGGCGUCGACGGUCUCGACACCGACCUGCCCACCGCCUUCGAAGCGCUUUUCCUCGACUCCAUCCUCGGCAAAGCCUUCUUCUGCACCUUCCAGAUCUUCUUCUACGCCCUUCGGCCCAUGGCCGUCUACCGCGUCCCUUUCACCUGGGUGCACUGGCUCAACCUUUCCAUCCAGUUAGCGUUCGACUACUCCCUCAUUUUCCUGCUCCCAGACUCGCUCUUCACCGCCAACUCCGUCCUCUACUUUUUACUCAGCUCCUUCCUCGCCGGCAGCCUGCACCCCACCGCCGGCCACUUCAUCGCCGAACACUACGUCUACGAGAAAAUCACGCCCGAAGCCCGCAACCCCGAUAACCGCAUCCCGGUCCCCGAGACUUUUUCCUACUACGGCCCGCUGAACUGGGUCACGUACAACGUCGGCUUGCACAACGAACAUCACGAUUUCCCUGCGAUCCCCUGGACGCGGCUGCCGAAGCUGUACGAGAUUGCGUCCGAGUUCUACGAGGGGCUGCCGCAGCAUCGGAGCUGGACGUACGUGAUUUGGCAGUUCAUCUUUGAUGAGGCGAUUGGGAUGCGGUGCAGGGUUAAGAGGAAGGUUGGUGGACGGGUUGUGGGGGGUGGGAAUGUGAGUGCUGCGAAGACACAACCCCAAGCGAAGGAGGCCGGGUGGGGGGAUGAUGAGAUUGAGGCUUAGACUUGAGGAUAGAGUCUAAGACUAGAAAGAUAGAGUCAGUAGAGCAUUGUAUAUGUAGUAACGUGAAUGAACAUAAAGACGGGUUGUUGGCUCCUCAAAACCAAAGACGUGGGUGGGAAUGGUUGGGUUGGGUUGGACUUAAUGGGCUCGGAAUAAUCAAUCGAUUGCAGGAAACUGGAAAAGCAAGCGAGCAAAAAGUUCAAAAGCAUAGACAUACAUACAUACAUUAAUGAGCAUGAUACGAACAAAAGAGAGAGCCUACUGUCCCUACCUACCAUCACCAUAUCUAUGCUAAAUAGAAAAGAAGCUACUUUCACAUCC